AUGAAUUCCUCAGUAAGCAAGUGUUUACGAAUUGGUGAAUUUGAGGUACAUACAGUGUUGACUACUCGAGGCGAUUAACCUUUAAUAAUUACUCGGGGUAAAUUAUAAAAAUUUAGAGUGCGAUUACAUGUUAUAAUCAAGCGAGUGAUGGAAUCAGAGAAGGCACAGUUAGAGUAAAGUACGAACCAGGCAACAUUUGGCCAGAUGCAGGCGAUGAUUAUAUUAUGAUCAAUUCGGUGAACUCUUGCGAGACUAAAAACUUUGAAACGUUUCCAUUUCAUAAAUCACCAGCACAUCACGCGUAUGAGGAUGAGUUAGAUGAAAAAAUGUUCAUCACUUCUGAGUGCAAAGAUGUUAAACUUGAAAUACCUUUUCCCCCCCAAAACAUUUGUAAAUCCGAGAAUCAAAAUUGCCUACCAACUGUGAAAGUAAAAUACGAAGAUCGGACCAAUGUUAUAAAUGAAUACACAUUUGUCGAUUUUGAGUGCAAAGAUGUAAAACUUGAUGUGCCGUCUCCAUCGACGGGUAUGUGCAAAUCUGAGAAAGAAAAAUAUCCAACAAUUGUGAAAAUAAAAAAGGAAGUUCAGAUUAGUUUCUUGCCUCAAAAAAGUCGAAUGAUUUUCAUGAAAAAAGAAGCAAGAAUGAAUACAUACAUUGAUACGACACUCAAAAGCAUUAGAUUAUAUGAAUGUGAGAUUUGUCACAAAUCAUUUGGACGAAAAGGCAUAUACGUUUAG